AUGCUGGACCCCUCUGUGAUUCAUCCCGGGUAUCAGGGCAGAUCGGUCUUUUGUCCAGCCCGAUGUGCCGCAUCGGGGCCUAAUCCUGGCAACCGGUCUCUAUAUCACAACUUCGAACAACUCGCCUCGUGCGAAGAGUCUCUUUUCUAUUCCUUUUCAUUCUCUGAUCCUGUCGAUGAUCCCGACAGCUUUCAUCGCAUCUAUACUUGUACCUCUUUCGGUCCUGAUUGGGCGACGCUGCCGGUUAAUACAUCAAACCUUGCCUUGCAGUCGAAAGAAGCCCCAGCCCCCGUAAAUGGCACAUAUCAGAUUGGAUCCUGGCCUUCCAGUGAGGGCCUAUCAGUUUCACCUUCGCUCGCCACCCUCGUCAAGCAGUUCCGCCAAUAUCUGUCCAAUGGAUUCGGCGCCGUGAACCAUCCAACCAUAAUCUUUGCCAGCUACGGCUCAACCUCGGUGGGCCUCUACGUCGGUCAAGGUCUGCAGAGUCAGGGUGUUGGUGAUGUCGCGCUGGCAUACCUGGAAAGGUCCAUUGCAGGAUCCAACGCUAGCCUUGGAGCGAGUGUGACCAUGCAAUUCCGCCAGCCGGGUCAGACUUCUCACCACAUUUUCGGCCUUAUGGCCACCGGCAACGGAACUUUUGCUGCUGUACAAGACGCGCUCACAUCGUGGUCCAAGGCGGAAUGUUUGGCAUUCCCAUCGGUCCAAAACGUCACGGGCAGAGUCCCCCUUGCGACGCCAUUGUACUCUUUUUCCUCCAACGCUAGCAAUAUCAGCGUCAACCUCAACUCCAACUCCACCUAUGCUUCUCCCGACUCGAUAUCCUCUGUUCGUCGGCGCAGGUCCCUCGCUCCUCGGACCACCUGCUCCACCGCUCAGGUCGUCUCUGGUGAUACUUGUACUACGUUGGCGGAGAAAUGUGGUAUUACCCCGGCUCAAUUCACCAAGUAUAAUUCCGAGUCAAAGGAGUGCUCUUCUCUGGUUGCAGGUGAGCACGUCUGCUGUUCGGCCGGUACGUUGCCCGACUUCGCUUCUAAACCGCAGUCCGAUGGCACUGGUGCGACCUACACUGUCCAGCCGAAUGACAGCUGUGUCACGAUUGCCGCUGCGUACGGCCUCACGAUCGAUGACAUCAACAAUUUCAACACCGGUACUUGGGCAUGGAAUACCUGCUCGCGCCCCCUCUACGCCCAUGAAGUUAUUUGUCUGAGUGAAGGCAACCCACCCAUGCCCGCGUCUGUCUCUAAUGCAAUUUGUGGGCCACAGGUCCCUGGCACCCCGACUCCGCCCAGUGGAACAAAUUGUGGUGUGACAGCCGAGUUCUGCACCAACACUGGCACGGGUGCUCCUGGAACGGCGGCGAAGGGCACCGAAGGCUGUAUCUCAAACUGUGGCACUGAGAUGGUGCGGAGUAGCCCUCCCGCCACCUACCGGAGCAUUGGUUAUUAUGAGGGUUUCAACUUGCAGCGUCCCUGCCUGUAUCAGGACGUCUCUCAGAUUGACACUUCUGCCUACACCCACAAUUACUUUUCCUUUGGCGUGCUAUCCUCCUCCUAUAUGGUCCAGAUUCCCCACAAGACCACGCUGUUCGAGUUCACCCGGUUCAAACAGAUCCGGGGCGCCAAACGCAUUCUGUCAAUCGGUGGCUGGGCAUUUUCCACCGACCCGAGCACGUACAUGAUCUUCCGUGAGGGCGUCACGGCCGCCAAUCGUCUGACCAUGGCCACCAACAUCGCCAACUUCAUCAAAGAGCACGAUCUCGAUGGAGUCAAUAUCGACUGGGAGUACCCGGGGGCACCGGAUAUUCCAGGCAUUCCUCCUGCGAGUCCUGAUGACGGUGACAACUAUCACGCUUUCCUUGCUAUCUUGCGGAAUCUUCUUCACGACCGGGAGGUUACGAUUGCGGCGCCGUCAUCCUAUUGGUACGUCAAGGGCUUCCCCAUCAAGAAAAUGGCUCCGCUUCUGGACUACAUCAUCUAUAUGACCUACGAUCUGCACGGACAGUGGGAUGCUCACAGCGAUUGGUCUCAGCUUGGCUGUCCGACGGGCAAUUGCUUGCGCUCGGACCCGGGGCCGUGUACUCAAAGUCCCGGGUACAUCGCCAAUGCCGAAAUCGAGGCCAUCCUCGCCGACCGAAGCCGGGUCACCCAGAGUUACAUCGACAUUGCUAGUGACUCUAAUAUCCUGGUGUACGACGACACGCAAUGGGUCGGCUGGAUGAGUGACGGCAUCAAGGCUUCCCGACGAUCACUCUACAAGGGCCUUGCCAUGGGGGGAACCACCGAUUGGGCGACCGACCUGCAAAAGGACAAUCCUCCCCCUUACCCGGCCAAGAGCUGGGCCGGGGUCAUCGACGACGUCGUCCUGGACAAAGACCCCUAUGUCGAGGGGAACCGGACCGGCAACUGGACCUCCUUGACGUGCUCGGACCCGGCCAUGCAAGACGUUCUGUACAUGCCGUGCGCCCAGCGCUGGUCGGAGCUGGACGCCUCCGAUGCGUGGUCCGAUGCCAUCGGCAUCUGGGAGAAUAUCGAUAAGCAAAAGCUGACUGGUUCGAAUGACGAGAAGAAAUUCUCCUACUCCCUCAUGAAUACUUUCCAUGUCGGCGAAUCGACCAACUGUGGCUUGGUCGCGCCAGGAGGCUCUUGUUCCGACUCCUACCCGUGUUCCGUUUUUGAAGGCUUCGGCAGCGGGGGUUCGGGUCCCGCGGCGAUGAUGUACUCCCAAUUCUUCGAUGCCAUCAGCGUAGCUGCUGGAACGUACAUCGACAACCAGCUCCAGGACUUUGAAAGCACCUUCGCACCGGUGCCUCCGGCUCCCAGCGACGAGUGGCUGGUGAUCUUGACCAACCUCCUAGGUCUCGGUCUCACUGCGGUGGCUGCACCGUACUUCGACGGAGUUUUUGAAAGUCUACCGGCGCUGAGCUCAGUUCUGGGCGAAGCUGGCGCCGACACCGCCAAAGACAUCAGCAAUGCCGCGGUUGCCUUUGGGGCCGCAAUUGCGUCCGCCGCCAUUCCAGAAGGUGAACAAGGCCAUUGGACCGCACAUUCGCAGGAGAGUUUCACCGCCACCCUGGGGUCGGUGGUCUCCGGAUGGGCGAACGUGACGCAGAACCAACUCUGGAAUCUGUUCAACGGAUCUGAGACGUCGAUCGCGCUUCUGACGCGAAUGAUCGCCAAUGGAGAUCUCAUUGAGGGCAGCAGCGCUGCCCCCUCGGUCAAACCCAGCACGACCCCGGAAACCACCACGCAGAGCGAGAGCUCCAUCGACAAGGCGUUCUUCGGCUUCGCGAUCCCGUCGGUGUGGGCCGUCUCCGGCGCCGCCGCCUUCGUCGUGGACUCGGGCUAUCCCUGCAGCGCGCAGAACCCACUGUCCGACUACAUGACGGCGGCCACGCAAGAGGCGACCUACUCGUGCUACAACGACAAGCUCUACUAUCUGGUGCGACGCGACCUACUUCACGGCGCCCCCGGCCUGAGCAGCCUCGGCGGGGGGGCCUGGGGUGGCAUCACCCUGGACGACCUCAUCAAGGGCUCCGUCCGCACCUACGCCGCCAACGGCAACGUCAACGGCGGGCCCGUCGCCAACCCGCUGGACCCGGACACGCUGCAGGACCUCUCCAACCAAGACAUCACCACCCCCGGCUACAUCCGCCUCCCCGUGUGCAGCCCGCAGGUCGCCUGGGCCUCGUGGUCCAACCCGUCGCAGUCCAACGCCAGCGCCCCGAACUACCCGUGCAACCCGCUGCAGGGCGUGACCAAGUGCAGCGGCUACACCUACGUGGACCAGACCACCCCGGCCUCCCCGCUGGUGUCCGACUGCAAAACCAUCAUCCAUAACAUCCAGGGCACCGGCGGCCACUGGACGACGGGGAUCGACCGCCAACGCGCAAUUGCCACGUACGGCUCGUGCAAGUUCGGCGUCCAGAAUGUUGGGGUCACUGGCGACGUCACCUACUACACGGGAAGUCAGGAUAUUGUGACCAUCAUCACCGAGGCCAUCGCCAAGUACGAGUGGGAGGGCCGUGUCGGGGCGAAAGGCUAUAUGGAGUGCGACGGUGACGCAGGCCACCAGAAGGUCAAGUGA